CCCAAAAAACAACAUCCUACAGCCAGCCACCAAUUGGCUCGAUCAGCAAUGGUGGACAGGGUGACGAAGCUGGCAUCGCAGCGCGUGGUGGUGAUCUUCGGUGUGAGCAACCGCUUCAUGUGCCAUGCGGUGAAGACGCUCUUCACGGAGCUGGGCGUGAGCUGGACGGUGCACAAGCUGGCAAAGGACCCCUGGGGGAAGGACGUCGAGAGGGCGCUUGCUGGCAUGGUCAUGACACUGCACCUUGGCGGCCAGCUUGUGCCGCUCCUCAGCCAGGCUGGUGCCCUCUGGCUCUGAAGAGUCAAGGACAACAGUGGCUGAUGCGUGUGUGCAGUUAUGUGUGAUCGCAGCCUCAAAAUCGAGCCAAGCUAGUGAUCAUGUAGUGCGUGCAGUGCAGCUACAUAGUUUUGGAAAG